AUGGGUAACAUUGAAGAUUCUAAAUCCUAUGGCGACGCCGCCGAGGUCGAGCGCGAGGCGGCCGUCACCAAAGAGGAGCAUGCCUACGACCUUGACGAGAAGGCGAAAGUCGCCGACUACAAGGCGGACGCAAUGGAGGCAGAGGACGCGGAGCACAGGAUGGGCGUGCUGGAGGCUGUUCGAGCGUACCCCAUGGCUUCGUUCUGGGCGUUUGUCAUGUCCUGCACUAUUAUUAUGGAGUCGUACGAUGUCUUCCUGAUCGGCAACUUCAUCGCCCUACCCGCGUUCGCGAACAAAUAUGGUGUAUACCACGCCGCAAGCGACAAAUUCGUCAUCGAGACCAAGUGGCAGUCUGCGCUUCAAGUGUCCGGCCAGCUCGGCGCGCUGAUCGGCGUCUUCAUCGCUGGUCCUCUCACCAGCCGUAUCGGGUACCGCUACGCAACAUUGACCGGCCUCAUGCUCUUGAACGCCUUCAUCUUCACCUUUUACUUUGCCAACUCGCUUCCCGUCAUCUUCGUGGCCCAGCUUCUCGAGGGCUUGCCAUGGGGCAUCUUCAUUGCCAACGCGCCGGCGUACUGCAGUGAGAUCGUGCCAAUUGCGCUGCGAGCCCCUGCCACCCAGAUGCUGCAGAUGUUCUGGGCCAUUGGCAGUAUCAUCGUUGGUGCCGUCACUUACCAUUACAACACCAGCCUCCACGCAGACGCCUACAAGAUUCCCAUUGCGCUCCAAUGGAUGUUCCCUACCCCCCUUGCUAUCCUCAUCUUUUGUGCGCCCGAGUCGCCCUGGUGGCUGGUUCGAAAGGGACGUCUGGAAGACGCAGCACAUGCCGUCAGUCGCCUUGGACGCAAGUCGACGACCAAGCCUACUGAGACUGUCGCCAUGAUGCGCCGUGUCAUUGAGCUCGAGAAGUCCACCAAGGAGCCCAACCACUUGGAACUGUUCAAAGGCACUGACCUCUACCGAACCCUCAUUGUGUGCUGUGUGUACUUGGCACAGAACCUGACGGGUAACCUCAUCGCUAACCAGGCCGUCUACUUCUUCGAGCAGGCUGGCGUGUCAACGAAUACUGCCUUCGCCCUCGGUCUCAUCACCUCGGCUCUGCAGAUGAUCUUCGUUAUGCUCUCUUGGAUCCUCACCACAUACCUCGGCCGACGUACCAUCUAUCUCUGGGGCUCGGCCUUCAACGUUGCCCUACUUGUCGCCCUUGGUGUUGCAGGCUCUGUUGGAACGUCGAAUUCAGCCUCUCUGGCAAUGGCAUCCUUGGGUCUCAUCGUCUCCGUCCUGUUCACCUUGGGACCUGCGCCCGCUUCGUGGGUCAUUAUUGGAGAAACAUCGUCCAUCCGCCUUAGGCCACUGACGACUGGAGUGGGCCGCGCUUCGUACUACAUCGUUGAGAUUCCUUGCAUCUUCCUAGGAAGUUAUAUGCUCAACCCGACGGGUGGAAACCUCGGCGGCAAGUGCGGCUACGUUUGGGGUGCUACUGGUACGGUUUGCUUGGUCAUGGCCUACUUCUUCUUGCCUGAGAUGAAGGGCCGAUCCUACCGCGAGAUUGAUAUCUUGUUCAAGCGUCGUGUCCCGGCUCGCGAGUGGACGAAGACGGAUGUCGGUGUGGAGGACGACGAGUAGAUGCCGUUAGGAAGGCAGUAGUAGGACGUGAC